AGCGCCGGAGCCGAGAGCCGCCACGGGCGGGCGGGGCCCGCCGGACGCACAGGUGAAGCAGGAGCCAUAGAAGGAAGACUUUGUGGUUUGCAAUCAUGCCAUUCCCCUUUGGCAAGUCACACAAGUCUCCUGCAGACAUAGUGAAAAACCUGAAGGAGAGCAUGGCAGUUCUAGAAAAACAAGACAUCUCUGACAAAAAAGCAGAAAAGGCAACAGAGGAGGUCUCAAAAAACCUUGUUGCCAUGAAAGAAAUCUUGUAUGGCACAAAUGAAAAAGAACCCCAAACAGAAGCUGUGGCACAGCUUGCUCAGGAGCUGUACAACAGUGGUCUUCUUAGUACCCUAGUAGCUGACUUGCAGCUAAUUGAUUUUGAGGGCAAGAAAGAUGUUGCACAAAUUUUCAACAACAUUCUCAGAAGACAAAUUGGUACAAGAACUCCCACAGUUGAAUACAUCUGCACUCAACAGAAUAUCUUAUUCAUGCUAUUAAAAGGGUACGAAUCUCCAGAAAUUGCUCUAAAUUGUGGGAUAAUGCUUAGAGAAUGCAUCCGGCAUGARCCACUUGCUAAAAUCAUCUUGUGGUCAGAACAAUUCUACGAUUUCUUCAGAUACGUGGAAAUGUCAACGUUYGACAUCGCUUCCGAUGCAUUUGCCACAUUCAAGGAUUUGCUUACAAGACACAAGUUGUUAAGUGCAGAAUUUUUGGAACAACAUUACGACAGGUUCUUCAGUGAAUACGAGAAGUUACUUCAUUCAGAAAAUUAUGUGACAAAAAGACAGUCACUUAAGCUUCUUGGUGAAUUGUUACUGGACAGACACAACUUCACAAUUAUGACAAAGUACAUCAGUAAACCUGAAAAUCUCAAAUUAAUGAUGAACCUUCUACGAGACAAGAGUCGUAACAUUCAGUUUGAGGCCUUCCAUGUGUUCAAGGUGUUUGUAGCCAAUCCUAACAAGACACAGCCUAUAUUAGACAUCCUUCUAAAGAACCAGACCAAACUUAUUGAGUUCCUCAGCAAGUUUCAGAAUGACAGGACCGAGGAUGAACAAUUUAAUGAUGAGAAGACCUAUUUAGUUAAACAGAUCAGGGAUUUGAAGAGACCAGCACAGCAAGAAGCUUAAACUCCAAUAAACCUUUAAAAUAUUAAACCCAAAUUCAGCAUUUGCUGUUAGAUAUUCAGCAUCAGGCACUCUUAUCGAUUCAUGAGGAACAUUACUGCUAAUCUGCUGUUCAGUGAACGGUUUUUGUUUUUCUCUUUUCAUUUUUAGUCCAAGUUGAGAAACAUAGCUGCUGCUUUCUUGCACAAUGUGGACUUUCUUGAUAUUUGUGUCAUUUCAGAAUUCAAAGACACUGCUUGUUUUAGGAGUCCUGAAAAGAAAAGAUUCUAGGUUCGUGAAAGCAAACAUAUAGAUACUAGUUUGGUUUAGGAGAGAAGGUAUUAAUGUAGUUAAGUAACAGGUUGCAUGCUUGCAAAUCUGAAUAAAUCUGUAUGUUUGCACUUACCUUGUUUGAGAUAAUGAGCACAAUGUGACCUGUGCAUACCUGGCACCAUAGUAUAAGAUUAUAUGCCUUGAUUUAAAAAAAAAAAAAUGUGCAGUGCUUUAUUUGUAAUCAAAGGGGAAAUGUAUCUAAGAUGUGAGCUUACUGGGAUAAACAGUUGUCUUGCAAAUAAACUGAUAUUGAAACUUA